AUGAAUAUUACAUCCAACAAGGUUCGCCAUUUUUCGACAAGCACCAUCCUACCAGCAACACAGAAGAAGGAUACAACUGACCAAAGGAUAGAAUUAAACCCAAGUGAUCUCUGGUUGCUUAGAGACGUAAAUUGGUAUCUCAUCAAUUUAUGGUCUCAGAUUUCUAGACGCAUAACUGGUCAUAUCAGCUCACUUCCUCCAAUUAAUGCAGAGCCUCGUUGGUUGCCCAAAAAUACCAAUUUCCCCAUUCAUCUACCCUUUUCAUCCAUUGACAAACUUUUUGUAGAAAGGCAUAGAAUAGAUCCACCUUUACGCAAUGGUUACUUUGGCAACUCAAUUGAGAUUGCGGUUGCAACUGUUAAGGCAGGAGACUUGCUUGAGAAAGGUCCAAAAUUUGGAGCUUUGUUACUGAAACAAGCGGUUGAGACUUGCAACAAUGUUGAGAUUAGACGUGGUUGGGAGUCAUGGGUGCAAAAUCCUGUGCUGCCGUCAAUUUUUGACUUGAUAUCACCAACUAACUUGUCAGUGCUUGGCUCGACAAGAUUUGAUCUCUAUGGCACCCAUUUCGGCUGGGGUCCACCACUCGCAAGUCGAUCAGGGAGCAACCUCAAGUACGAGGGGAAGAUUACAACCGAUCCCGGUCCAGUUUGA